AUGCACCACGAUUCCACUCAGAACCCGCCGGCGAACCGUAUGGCACACAACGAGGAUGCACAGCGACUCCGAGCCUUUCAAGAGGAGAAUGCUCGAUUAAGAGCAGAAGUCGAGGCUCUCCGCAAUGCAUCGAAUCCCCGCGUCAACCCCGCCGAACAGCAGCACCCACAGCAACACCCACCUCCCCAAGUGAUAGAAGCAGCAUCCGAUUUACGUGCCCCUCAGCAAGUCGAGGCCGGGGCAGCAGCAGCGGCAGCUACCAUCAACCAAGCACCCACUCGCCAAGCCUUAUACGAAGAUGAGGCGACGGUGGCACGCAUUCGCGAAUCGCUGGCUGCCCGGAAGGAGGAGGAGGACGCCCGAAAGCCCCAAUUGCCGGACAUCAUCCCGGGCUUCAAGGCAAAUGCCCUUAACUUAGCAGCUGCGAAAGCAGCGGAGGAGCGAACCCGACACCACCACGGCAAUGCGAGAGCAGAUGCCCUCGCUAGCCAUCACCUCCUCGUAACUGACCUGGGCCGCCUACACGGCUGGGAAAUUGCUCUCGAGUAUGACAGGCAACAAUGGGAUCUAUGGGCACGCUACCCUUCGCACGACAUAAGCACACUUGACCGUGACGCUCUCACAAUCAUCGCAACCCAAUACCUUGUCACCAACGGCCACAAGGCAGUUACAUCGUCGUCAAACCCAACGAAACGGCUGGCCGAAACAGCGUCAACACAGCCGACAACCCGUAAACGGCCCCGAUUGUGCUUUCGAUGCGGCUUUGCAGGACACAUGCCAGCAGACUGCAAAGCCGAGUCCACAUCAGCUGGUCAGCCCGUCGCACCGUUCUCCUCUGAGUCCCGCAGCAAGAACACUCUCCUCGCCCCCAACAACAAGCCCUUCUGCUUCAACUUUGCCAAGGACUCUUACUGCCCAUUCAAAGAGAACUGCCGAAACUACCACGACUGCAGCCUCUGUGGCUGCCGUGCGGCGACAUUCGACAUUUCGGCGGCUUAUCGGCUCACCCCCAUCCGACCCGACCAACAAAACGCACUCUGCAUCCUUUGGGAUGGAAAAGUCCGAGUCGACAGAGCAGUCAUGUUUGGGAUGGCGUCAAGUGCCGGAGUGUUCGGUUGCGUGGCAGACAUGCUAGUCGAUAUCUACAAGGCAGCUGGAUUCGGGCCAUUAAUCAAGUGGGUCGACGAUUUCUUCGUGGUACAGCUACCAGGUGCGACAUGGACAGAGGAAGACUUCACCGGCCUCACAGCAGCUAUGGGGGUACCAUGGAGUGCCGAGAAGAUUCGUCCGCUCGCACAGACACAACGGUACAUCGGGUUCGAUUGGCACCUCCACACGAAGUCAGUCAGCCUACCAACCGAAAAGGUCACGAAGCUGAAAGACACCCUGCAGUGGUGGCUAACUCAGGGUGUCCGGGUGCUUGCCAGCGAAGCAGCAAGCCUCCAUGGCAAGUUAAUUCAUAUCUCCUCGAUCUUCCGCCUCAUCCGCCCUUUCCUACCGGCCCUAGCUCGCUUCGCCCAAUCCUUCCGUUCACACCGGGCACGCCUGCGACCCCCGCCUUCUGUCACAGGCGACAUUCGUUGGGUCCUCGAUCUACUCAACAUAACACCCAACGAAAUACCGUUAAUGCCACCCGAACCCACCGACAUCGACUGGUGGGGCGAUGCCAGUACCUCUUUUGGAAUAGGAGUAACAGUGGGCUCAUUAUGGGCGGUGUGGCAAUGGAAAGAGGGCAUCAAGAUUGGCCCGAAACAGCGUUUCGACAUCGCUUGGGCAGAGGCCGUAGCCGUCGAGCUUGCCCUUCGUCUCGCCUUGGAAGCAGGCUUGCUCCACCCAGGGCAUUACCUUGUCAGGUCCGACAACUCAGGUGUAGUCGCAGUGCUGAAUGCGGGACGAGCCCGGAACAGGGAAGUCAACGAACCGAGCCAACGUCACAGACGCCUUGUCGAGGGGGGAUAUCCCAGCCUUCCUGACCGGGUUUCCAAAGGCCAAAAUGAGGAUGGUAGCACCACUUCCCCCACACCUUUCUGGCUUACUAACACUGUGUUAGCGUUCCCAAUCCUUGUUCCCCCCUGCAUCCCAUCCACCACUCAUGGGGAUUUUACAAGCCACCACUCCGACAUUCCGUGCCUCCGCCCUUCGCCCCUCCGGCCGGCAUGCAGAGCUGAGGAGAGGUUGUUCCAUUGGAAAGGUGUAAACACCCCACCACCAUCGACAAUUGACCAUCCGACGAUCAAACUCAUAGCAGACAUCGCAUCGAGAGCAUCACUACGAGACACCAAGAGCUACGGCUCGGGCUUACGCAAGUUCCAUAUAUUUUGUGACACUUUCUCCAUUCCAGAACACCAACGCCUACCAGCAUCUUACGAACUCCUCCACUCAUUCGCAUUAUGGGCAGUCACAGACCCAAAUGCCCUAGACCCAUCAUUUUGCAGCAACAUCGCCUUUGAACCAGUCUCAGUACCCACAAUUCGGAAAUACCUGUCUGCGAUACGAGCAUGGCACAUUGCACAAGGAUGGCCUGAACCCCUCUCGGAAAGUGACCAGGAUCGGAUAGAUUGGUCCUUGCGGGGCCUCCAAAACAUCUUUGGUAAACGCAGCCGACCUGUACGCCCACCAAUUACCAUUCCUAUGCUACGAGCUCUCAAGCGGACCCUCAACCUCAAUGAUACCUUUGAUGCCUGUGUGUGGGCGAUGGCAGCAUGUGCUUUCUGGGGUAUGAUGCGGUUCGGCGAGGUGUCAGUCAAAUCCCGCAAAGAUUUUAGUGGUGAUAAACAUCUUAAACGUCGAGACGCCUUCCUCGGGAGAGACCUGGAUGGUCGCCGUGGAGACCUCAUUUGCACUUACUGGAAAAGGCUGCCUUGCCAUGGCUUCAGCCACAACAUCGGCCCGCUCAAUCGUCAAGAUGGAAGGUUGAAGAGGACAAGAUCAACUCUCAGCCCCCAUCUGCUCAUGGCCUACUCAGGCGAGUCUGACCUAGGUGACACGAUUCAAUUCGCGGAAUACGUUGAACGCAACAUCUGCCUGUACCAAAUCCGCAAUCUCUACGCCCUGCGACCAGCCGCAGCUGCCUCAUGGAUCCGGAGAGCCGUUGCAGAGUCACUGUGA